UGAUGAAAACUCACCUAAAUUUCUAAAAAGUAGCAUUUGAUUUUGUUUUAUUUAUUUCAUAAAUAACAUAAAUGAUUAUCAUAUCGUCCGUAAAGUAGUGAGACGUAAUUUUUAAAAAUAAAAAAGAACUAAUUAAUAAUUCACUAUGCCGACUUACGAGAUGCCCCUAUUACUUCGUGUAAUGAAUAAGGCUGAGACAUUUAAUGCAUUAAAAAGGGUCUCAAAUGCAAUUUUUAAUAGAGAUGGAAUCAUUAGGAAAAUUGACAACCUUGGUCAUAAGCCAACACCUUUUAAAAUGAGUAGCCAUAAUUUAGUUCAUCGAGAAGCAAGCUAUUAUAUUAUUCACUUCGAUAUACCUCCUCGUAAAAUCGAUGAUUUGAUAGAAGAGUGUGGACGUGAUAUUGAUAUUAUUCGAAAUAGGAUAUUCAAAAAACCGGAUGAUGAACCAGAACCAUGUACUUGGCACGAGGAAAUGUUGCCUCCUCCAUACAGACCAGAAGUACAAAAAUUACUGGAUAUUGCAUCGAAAACUAAAGUUGGAUACACAUAUGAAUUUAAAUACAAUUCUGGAUUAGAUUAUUAUCCAUUCCAGAAAUAAGUAAAAACAAUACAAUUCAAAUAAUCGCAUUAAUGUUGAUAAAUGUAAUAGCUAGUGAGUAUGUAUAUAUUAUUAAUAAAAUUGAUUUUUCUUAUAUAAUA